AUGUUCACCCCCGACCCCUACUCGCUGCAGGCUCGGCGCCACAUCCCCUACUUGUCCUUCCACAAAUCACUUAUCCGCACCAUAUGUCGCCCUCAGCAAGAUGACCUGCUCAUCAUCGCCAAGGGACUGGGACUCAGGAGAGUAGUAUGUGCGCUGCUAAAGACCUAUGACAGGCGGGAAGAUCUGGUUCUUGUGGUUGGCGCUACCCCAGCUGACGAGGCGGGCGUCGGAGAUGAACUAGGGAUUAUGGGCGUCAGAGACCCGGGAUUCAAAGUAGUCGGCUACGAGAUGCACGCGAAGGAAAGAGAAGAAAUGUACCGACAUGGAGGUCUUUUCUCGGUGACGAGCAAGAUUCUCGUCAACGACCUACUCAAGGGAACAUUGCCCUGCAAGCUCAUAACAGGCCUCGUAAUUCUGCACGCUGAAAGAAUUUCGCAUGGCAGCCAGGAAGAGUUUGCUGUCCGUCUCUACCGGCGAGAGAAUCAAAGCGGCUUUUGCAAAGCAUUCUCUGAUGAGCCCGAAAUCUUUGCCCACGGCAUGUCUCCACUCAAAGACAUGCUCGUCAACCUCAACAUGAAUUCGGUUCUCAUCUGGCCUCGUUUCAAUGAAGCCGUGAAGAUGGAUCUGUCGAGUCGGAGGGCAGAUGUAGUGGAGAUGUAUAUCCCGAUGACGGAUCUGAUGAGGCAGUGUCAGGAUGCUGUCACAGAGUGUAUGGAAGCGAUGUUGGUGGAAUUAAAGAGAGAUCAUUCUCUGAAUCUUGAUCUGGAAGACAUCAACGUCCGCAACGCCCAAUUCAAGAGCUUUGACACCAUUGUCAGAAUGAAGCUCAAGCCGGUCUGGCACAAAGUCGGAGCAAAGACAAAGAUUCAUGUAGCUGCUCUUGCUGAGCUUCGAAAUUUGCACACCUGGUUACUCGAAUACGACUCUGCGACUUUUGCUUCCUACAUCAACACACUUCAACGCCAGCAUUACAAUGCCGAAAAGGUCACUACGGGCCCUGCUCGACAUGUCCAUGAUUGGUUCAAUGCCAAAUCCGCUGCUACCCUCGUCGAAGCCUCACAGGGGCGUUUAUCAAGAAAGAAGCUCGAAAUGGAUAACAACCCCCAAGAAGACGAAGGGGAGUUUGAGGAGGAGGAGGCUGUGAUGAGGGAAGAAGAGCGUCGAGAGCGGGAACGCCGAGAAGGGGACAGCGUGAUGAGGGACGAUGAUGAGGAGGAUAUCAUGGAGGUCUUUGCUACCCAGACUCAAGUCGUCCCCCAGAGUCGGUCAAACAGGGACGACAACGGAGACGAAGAGCAACUCAUUAUCGAGGACGACGAGAACGCAGACGAGACCUUGCGCUCCGCCGAAGGACCUCCUCCGCCCGUAUUCCGUCCUGUCAUGGUCGGUGUCCAAGACGACCUUCGAGCUAGCGUCAAGAAGAGAUUACGGAAAGGACACGAAGCUGUUCUGGAAGAACAGCCCAAGUGGGGUGUCCUCGGCAAAGUCUUGAAGGAGAUUGAAGAUACCAUCGCCCGUGUUUCCGACACGCACGCCGACGCGCCGGGGACCAAUAUCACCCUCAUCAUGACUUCCUCCGACCGCACCUGUCUCCAACUCCGGCAAUACCUCACCACCAUGGCCAAGACUGAUCCGCCUUUCGGGCCGAAUGCGGGGAAGAGAAUGAUGGAGUCUCUGUUCUUGUCGAAUUGGCAGCAUGAGAAGAAUGGGCAGAGGCUGGAUGGCAAGGCUGGGAGCAAGGCGGGUAUGAGGAUGCAUAGGAGUGGUGAUGAUGAGGUGAAUGCUAGGGGAGACAUUGAGAAGCAGAGAUCGGAGGAGGCGAGGAGGGCUGAGAGGGGGAGGGGGAGGGGCGUACCGAGUUAUAAGAGAAGGAGGCAGAGGGGCGGGUCUGUUGCCCCAGCUCCGAGAUUGGCAGACAUGGAAAGAUCUCGAGCCGGACAAGACCCAGCAUCUGCCCUCCUCACUUCAUCCGGCAUCAUAGACGAAGAUGACCUCCAGCCUCUACCGCCCGGCACCCUUCCCUCAGACCCGGUCUUGGGCGCCGAUUCGGCAUCCUACGGACUGAUGCCUGAGAACUUUGAGGAAGAGUACGGGCUGAUAGCGCCGGAGGAUGCUGUAGUCAUCCGACCUUAUGGGGGAGAGGAUGAUGAUAUUCUGCUACAGGAGCUGAGACCGAGAUUUGUGGUGCUCUAUGAGCCCAACUUGGCGUUCAUUCGACGGCUAGAAGUGUACAAGAAUUGCAACCCAGGGUUGUCUCUUCGUGUAUAUCAAAUGAUAUACACCAACUCAUUCGAGGAAGACCGUUUCCUCUCAACGAUCCAAAGAGAAGCCGAAGCUUUCAAAAAGCUCAUCGACGACAGGCAGUCGAUGGUCAUACCCAUCUACAACAACAACCCCCGAGCGCCUAUGCGAGAUACAUUCACCAGAUCAAAAACGACUUAUUCGUCGCGUAAUGCUGGCGGUGGAGAGGGCGCUUCAGAGUCGCGAAUCAUUGUCGAUUUACGAGAGAUCGGCGCUCUGCUCCCCUCCUUGAUCGACGCUGCCGGUAUCAAGGUCAUUCCCUGUACACUCACGGUGGGAGAUUACAUCCUGUCUCCGAAGAUGUGUGUGGAGAGAAAGAGUUUGGCCGAUUUGGAAGGCAGUUUGAAUAAUGGUCGAUUACACACGCAGUGCGAACAGAUGACUGCUCAUUACGAGACCUGCAUCCUUCUCAUCGAAUUCGACGAAGACAAAUUCGGCAUGCGCACCAAGGAAGAUUCUCGCCGAGAGGCCGCUGGACGACCUAGCAACAACACUCCCAACACCAACCCCGAUGAGCCAUGGCGCCAGGACACAUUCUACAUCCAAGCCAAACUCGUUCUACUGUCUCUCCAUUUCCCGAAACUCAAGAUCAUCUGGUCUUCUUCCCCGCAAGAGACUGUACGCAUCUUGUCGGAUCUGAAGUUGAACCAUGAUGAGCCGGAUGAGGCUACUGCCAUGCUCAAGGGAUCUAGCGAGGGAGAGCAGGGAGGAGCACUCAAGAGUGGGAUUGAGAACGCGGCGGCUGUGGAGAUGCUUCGAUGCAUCCCCGGUGUUUCGGGUGGAAAUCUGCGAUAUGUAAUGUCCAAGGUGGAAAGUAUCGGGGAGAUGGUGAGAAUGAGCAGGAAGCAACUGAAGGAAGUGCUUGGCGAGGAGGGAGGGGACAAGGCGUAUACCUUUUUGCAUCACGACGCAAGGUUCUCGUAG